GGGAAGCUUUUUUAAGUGUAUCUCGAUUACCGAUAUCGUAAACAUUACCGCCAAAAAGCAGCAGCAACAUCAAAAUUGAAAGAAGUUGAUCACUGAUUGUUAAAGCAGAAAGACGUUUGUAACGCCGUGUGCUGCAUAAACUAAGGAAAAUGUUUAGCCACCUUCCAGUUACCGAUUGCAAAGAGCUGAAAAUUCCAGCACCAUGGGGAUACAUUUCGGGAAGAUGGUAUGGAAAUCGAACGGAACGCCCCAUCCUGGCACUGCACGGAUUUAUGGACAACCUGGGCACCUUCGAUCGCCUGGUGCCACUGCUACCCGAUCACGUGGGAGUGUUCUGCAUCGAUUUACCAGGACAUGGAAGAUCCUCGCCCCUGCCACUAGGAAUUCGCUAUGAUGUGUACAACGACGUGUUCAUUAUUCCGCGGAUUAUGAAGCAUUUUGGCUGGGAGAAGGUUUCGCUCAUGGGACACUCACUGGGCGCCUUUUACAGUUUUAUUUACGCGACAAUGGCACCCGAUACUGUGGACAUGGUCAUUUGCAUAGACUGUGUGCUGCUGCCGAAAUUCGACAGUGACAUUGCCCUCGAAAGCUUCCGCAGAAACCUGGACCAGCACAUGGUGCAGGAUGAGAUGAUGGCGAGCGGCAAUCUGCGGGAGCCACCCAGUUACAAGCUGCCAAAAUUGGAAAUGGCAGUCGCCAAUGGCACGCUGAGCUCGGUGACCCCCGAGUUGGCCCAGCACCUGCUCCACCGCCAGGUGAAGGAGUCAGGACUGAAUCCGGAUUCGUAUUACUUAUCCAUAGAUAGACGGAUCAAGUUCUACAACUACUGGGACAUUGGUGCGGAACUGGGUGCCGAUAUGGCCAGGGGAGUUGGAAAGAAGCCCUUUCUCAUUAUCAAGGGAUCCAUGUCGCCCUUUCUGGGUCCUCACACUGACGAAGCCGUUUCCAUUUUGGCCCAGGAUAACCCACACUUUGAGUUCUACGAAGUGGACAACGGCACCCAUCACGUUCACCUGCGAUUCCCCGAGGAGUGUGCGAAGUACAUGUGCCCCUUUAUUCAGUACCAUCGGCCUCCGUCGAAUGCAACUCUGUACCAAGGAAAGUUAUAG